CGUCAGAGACGGGGAGAGAGACGGGCAGACAGAGAGAAGCAGAAGCUGGAGCUCUGCGCGUUUUCAACAAACAUAAAACCGGAGAAGACUGAAUUUACUGGGGAAACAGAACAGGAUUUCGUGAUGCGCAAGUCGUGCGUAAAGCCCUGACACCAUCUCCAGAGCGCACAUGUAGCAAAGAACGGUAACCAUAAAUAACCAUCGUAAACCUUGCCACGGCCGUAGUCAACCGAUAUAAAAACUCAUUUUAAGUACCUGACUCCGGGGGAGGAGAGAAUAAGAGGAGGAGUGAGAGGAUAUCUGGUGCAAAGACAACUUCGCCAGAUAGGGCGCGAUUUUCACGCCGACUUCGCAGAGGAAGGGUGAAGGAGCGAAUCCUCGUGGAGAUAAACUGUUACAUGUUUUUAAAGAAGUGGAAAUUGAAGCUCAACUGCGGGAAUAAGCCGUUCGUGGAGCGCUCGUGUUGGGACCGUGAAUGUGUGCGUCUGGAGUGUUUCCACAUGAGGGACGUUAAGCGUGCAGACUCUACUAAAGUGAAAUUUUCCACUUUGACGGGAUAUUGUCCAUGCCUAAUUCCUAACAUGACAAUUUAAUUGUCUAUAAACUAACUGGGGAAGGUAAGGGUUGCAUAUACCUUCUCUUUUCUUUCAAAUUACUAACUGCGUUUGUUAGUGGAUCCCUGGAACUCUGUUUGAGAAGUGUUCCCCUCUCCACAGAUGAAAUGGAGUAAACGUUUGGUCUAGUAAACUGCAAGAUUUAGCCUAAAUUAUAAUCAAAUAUAUGAUACUGUAAGACGUGCAAAACAGAAAAUUAUUUUCUCUAAAGCGAAUCAGUUCUGUCCCAAAAUGCUAGCAGACGCUUAAUUUAAAAGUAACCUCUCCUCUCUGUUCAAACAUGGAGAAUGUCUCUGUGCCUGUCGCUGUGCUGCCAGUCUGUAAUGACUCUGUGGACUUCUACUCCUUCACAUCAGGGAACCGCACUGACUUGAACUGCACUCCCCCCAAUGAGAUCUACUUCUAUGCUGACUUCUACAUUAUUUUACCGGUCAUCUACUCUGUCAUCUGUGCAGUGGGACUGACAGGCAACACAGCUGUCAUCUAUGUCAUCCUCAAAGCCCCCAAAAUGAAGACAGUCACCAAUAUGUUCAUUCUGAACUUGGCAAUUGCAGAUGAUUUGUUCACUUUGGUGCUGCCAAUCAGCAUAUCAGAGCACCUGUUGCACUACUGGCCUUUUGGUGAGGUUUUGUGCAAAGUUAUCUUGAGCAUAGACCACUAUAACAUAUUCUCCAGUAUCUAUUUUCUGACAGUUAUGAGCAUCGAUCGUUACCUGGUAGUUUUGGCCACAGUGAGGUCGAAGCGGAUGCCUUACCGGACCUACCGAGCGGCCAAAAUCAUCUCUUUGUGCGUCUGGAUCCUCGUCAUCCUCAUAGUCAUGCCUUUCACUGUUUUUGCCAGCGUGUAUGUCAGCCCAAACGACGAGAGGAAGAGCUGUGUGCUCAGCUUCCCCACUCCAGAGAGUUUGUGGUUCAAAACAAGUCGGAUCUACACACUCAUCCUGGGCUUUGCUAUCCCAGUCUCAACCAUCUGUAUCUUAUACACCAUGAUGCUCUACAAGCUGAGGAACAUGCGGCUCAACAGCAAUGCCAAGGCUCUGGACAAGGCCAAGAAGAAAGUCACUAUCAUGGUGUUCAUCGUCUUGGCCGUCUGCUUGUUUUGCUGGACGCCGUUCCACCUCAGCACCAUUGUGGCUCUGACCACUGACCUGAGGACCACGCCGCUCCUGAUCGGGAUCUCCUACUUCAUAACCAGCCUGAGCUACGCCAACUCCUGUCUCAACCCUUUCCUCUACGCCUUCCUGGACGACAGCUUCAGGAAAGCCUUCAAGAAGAUGUUGGAGUGCAGACCGGCCUGAAUAUAGCACACAAUCAUACACGUCACAGAGGUCUUCUGAGACAAGCUUUGCCAGAGUAAACUGUGAUUUGAUGGGGAAGUUGGACAAAUCAGAUUUGUACGGUUGUGAUGCAGAUCUCAUUGUUUGAUUCACAAAAGCUGCACUAGGCAAUUUUGCACAUUUUUUUGCACACAUAUUGAAAAACAGAAGGAUUCUGUAUUUAACUGCACGCAACAUUUUCAUUCACAUUGUAACAUUAAGAAUUCAUAUGAGAAAAGUGAGCGAAAAAGAUGUCAGUUAAUUUGUGAGUGCAGCUUGGUGUGAAUGUAACCCUUGACACGAUCACUUCAUGUGGGCAGACAAGAUGUAGUGUUGGCAGAGGUCAAUCUGUGGAAACAAACUAAGGCAUCUUAUUUAUACUGCAUAUGAGCGUGGGUUUCUUUUAGAGAAAGAUCGUCGUGUUUCAUAUUUGCCUAGUGCAGCUUUUUAUGGCUCUGGAAGCAAAAAAAGUUAAAAGCUGGUUAAUAUUAAUUGCAAAAGGGAAGGUAAUGGUUGACACAGAGGACAAUUAUAACAUUGAAAAGACAGAUUUUUCCUCUGACAGCUAAAGGUCAGGCGAUUGUCGGUUGAAUUGUCAGAAACAUCAGCCUGUCUCGAAUCUGAUUGUUUCCAAGGUUAAGACUGCAAUUGUUUGAGGUUUUUCCCUCAAUGUGACAGAAAUCCAAUUAGCGAACACAUAGUGGUCAAGGAAACAGGACUUUAACCUACACUGGAUGCUUCACGUUCCUUCACUUUCUCAGAGGUCAGAGAGUACCUCUGGGGGUUGUCAAACAUCUGCUGGCUGUGUGGAGAAAAUACAACUCACCACAGCUCAUUUGCAUGCUGUCAAUCAAGUCAACAUCAUGAGAAAAGUCAGGGUUGGAGGGUAGUGGGAUAUGUGCCAGAUAUGUCUCAUAACUGGUUCCAAAUUGUUCUCCAUUGUAAGAAUGCUUUAGGGGGUGAGAAGUAUUGGGAGAUGUAUGCAAACACUUAAUUUGCCUUUAAAAUGUGUUGUGUUUUGACUAAAGUAUUCCCAAAUGAUAAUUACAUUUGUAAACUACCUUGUAAAUGUAUUGUUUUUUCUGGACACAGUUGAUAAAAAGUAUAUUUGUAAAACAGGAUGGGAUUAAUGAAACCGUGUCUUGAAAUCAUGACAGCUUUAGAUGAAGUUUUUUUUUUCUUUUCUUUUGUUAAAUGUUUAAAAUGUAAAGGUAUCAGUAGAAUUAUCAUUAUUGUUUUUAAUUGACCUUACCAACCUGGACAACAGUACUGUAGGCCUGGUAUAAAACAGGCUUGGGACAGGAGGGCUAUGUAAAAAAUGUAUUCCAUUUCUGGUCACAGCUUUAUCGUUUUGUGAGCUGUUGUUGCCCCCUGUUGUCAGCGGGGAGGAGCUGUCUGCAAAGUCAGUCGAAGCAGUUCACAGACGUUGAGGAAAAAUGCUGCUGAGGGCAGUGACUCAACUACACAUUCCCUCUGUGUGUGAACAUAACACAACGAUAGAUACUUUCGGUCUAAAAUUUUGCAGAGUGCUGAGAGACUUCUGUGAAUUUAAAGGUUUUAAAGGCUUUCUUGGCAACCCUGGAGGCAUAGGACACAUUUGAAACUCCAAUAAACCUCCUAAAAUAUGAGUGAUUAAAAAGACAGCAAUGAUAGAACAAUACGCAUAAUCAUAAUAGAUAAUACAACUGUUCAAAUUUGCAUGGCACUUCUACAUGCAUAUACAAGAUACAAGAUCGAAAUGUGAUCACAAGUCAGAUCACUUGAGACUAUUGUUCAAUGUCUUGUUGCUUCUAAAACCUGCACAAUUGUAUGUCUGUUUGCACAGAUCCUAAAGCCUAUUUCUUUGAAUAUCUUUUUAAUUCUGCACCCUACGCUCCUUUAUGCUCUUCUGAAUGUCAAAUCAUGACGUGAAUCCGCAGUGUGGCUUCUUUCAACCUUCAGUUUGUUAUUAAACGCUUUCUGACUUGCAGACUGACACCAGCUUGGAGCAGUAGUUUAGCAAGCAAGUGAUGAAUUAUUUGUCCGUAUGACUGUGGCUGCAGCAACACGCAUUAUUCUGUAUUGUAAAUAAAUGAGUAUUUUUGUCAUCAAACUGCACGGCGGAAUGUAUAGUCAUAGCAGAGUAUGUGGAAAAAUCCUCCGGAACUCAACACGGCAUCGGAGGAACGACUUAAUGGACAAUUGUUAAUGACUGUUUUAUGCAGCCUGUAAAAAUGUAUCACGGCAUCUCAUGUCACUUAUUUGUGUAUUUUUGAAAUUGUUCAUGUCUGUCAUUGGCUCUUAAUGACUUGAUAAAUCUGUGUUUAUUUUCCCACUGGUACUCAUGUAUUUUUGAUAUCUUAGAAAGUUGCUUGCCAAUUCUAAUAAAUGUGCAGAUAUUUAAAUCA